CAAUAUGUGCUAUUAAACGUGAAUGUGUUUAACAAGGCGGUUUCAAUUUCAAGAACAAAUUUCACCUUUCCAUCGAUCUCUCUAUGUACAUAUAUGCAAACAAAUGUACAUGCAUAUGUAUGUCAGGUCAUUCAGCAAUUUGGUAACAGGCGGGUGGAAACCUGAAGAGUGAUACUUCAGAACAAUACAAACGUGCAUUAAUAUUUCGCCUUAAUUUUGUUUAAAAGUCGACCAAUAGCGAUACAUCAACCAAUUUUCAGCUUCGUUCGUUCCUGAUAUAAACGUGUUUCUAUUGGUGUAACUUGAAACUUGAGAUCUAAAUUAUUUAAUUUUUGCAGUUCAUUUCACUUUGUUCUGAAGAAUCAUCUUUUAAAUUUUCUUUUACUUUCAGCAUAUGUUACACAGGCAAAAGGGGAAACGAAUAUUGCAUAGAAAUCCAGAGCGAAACAAAUUGCAAUGCAGUUUCUUUCUUCGAUACAACAUAGUUAUAUGUUGUAUGUAUCUACAUAUGCGUGUACACUCUGUGUAUGUCAUACCCUUGUUUGUGCAACUUGGAAUUUUUGAAUGGAAGUGUAGAAAACUGGUGGUGAACAAAAUAUGAAUAUGAUUCGAUAAAAAAACUGAGUUUACUGGCAGCUAUAAUUAUCGAAAACUUUGGUCAUAGUCAACGAUUAAAAUAUAACAAAUAAAUGUUACCUGGCUUACUAUCUUCUGUUAAAAAAUAUUUGUAAAAAGGUCAUGUUUAUACCGGUUAACAAUGUGCGGUAUAUUCUGUCAUGUUUCGCGAAGCUAUAAAAAUAAUUCAGAAGUUUCCAGCGAGUGGUAUAGCUGUAAGGAUUUAAUAGUCGCACGUGGUCCUGAUAAUGUUGCUGAAAGAAUUGAACGUUUAAACGAAGAUUGGUCCGGUCAUUUUGCUGCCUCUGUAUUAUGGAUGCAAGGUUUCAAUUUAAGUGUACAACCAAUUGUAGAUUCUACCGGUAAUAUUCUUCUAUGGAACGGAGAUGUAUUCUCUGAAACACUGGCUGAAGAUAAUAUAUGCGACACAGAUGUGAUAUUGGCUUCUCUGCAGUCUUCUUCAAAUAUAAUGUCCGUAUUUCAAGAAAUUCAUGGACCGUACAGUUUUAUAUAUUUCCAAAAAUCUAAUAACUGCUUAUACUUCGGUAGAGAUAUCAUAGGACGGCAUAGCUUGCUUCUGAAAACGAAUACAGAUGAAAAUAAUUUAACUUUAAUGUCUGUUGGUGACAAGCGGAUUAAAGGUAUCAUAGAAGUUCCUGCGAUCGGCCUUUUUAUGAUGAACUUGUCGAGCCCUAGGGUAAAUCUGGCAUGUUAUCCAUGGAGAAAACCAGACUUGAGAUUUACAGAUGUUAUCGAAGCAUUAGAAACACAUUUAGAUGUAGAUAUUGAUAUAAAAGAGACUAUAAUUGAUUCUGACAUGACAACCAAUAUUCACUUACAUCCUAGUAUCAAAGACCUGGAAUGCUUUGAAAAUAGUUUUUUCUUUGAACAAUCUUACAAAACUUUAGAGUAUUUGCUACAAAACAAAGAUAUACAUGAAAGAGUAGAUCGUUUGUCACAGCUUCUUCAUAAAGCUGUAGAAGUUCGAAUAAAAAAACAGCCGAAACUUUGUAAAAAUUGUAUCAAAUUAGUUUUAAACGGAGAAAAUGUUGGGUGCGAUCACGCGAAAAUCGGUGUACUUUUUUCUGGAGGUUUAGAUUCUGCCAUUUUAACACUAAUUGCUAACACGUAUGUGCCGCAAAAUGAGUGUAUAGACCUAAUUAAUGUUGCAUUUCAAAAGUCAGUUAAAAAUAAUACAAAAUCUAGUGUAAAUAACGACAAACAAAUUGUAGAAGACCAGUACGAUGUUCCUGAUAGGAAAACUGGCAAACAAACAUUUUCAGAGCUUUUAAACAUUUGCCCAAAAAGAAAGUGGAAUUUCGUAGAGGUGAAUAUUACACAAGCAGAAUUACAACAAUAUCGUUCCUCGAGAAUUUGCCAUCUACUGUAUCCACUUUGUACGGUAUUAGACGAGAGUUUAGGAUGUGCUGUGUGGUUUGCAAGUCGUGCGAUAGGUACACUUUCUACAAGCAAUUGUAUUUAUGAAUCGCCGUGUAGGGUACUUCUGUUAGGCAUGGGUGCGGAUGAAUUGUUCGGUGGAUACAUGAGACAUAGAACGAUAUUGAAACAUAAAGGUUGGAAUGCGUUAGCGGAGGAAUUAAGUAUCGAAUUGGCUAGAAUUUCUGAGAGGAAUCUGGGUCGUGAUGACCGUAUUGUAUCGGAUCAUGGAAAACAAUCUAGGCUGCCAUAUUUAGAUGAACAUGUAGUGGAGUAUGUUCAACAAUUAAAACCAUGGGAAAGGUGUUAUCCAACGGAUAAAAUGCCUUCUGGUUUAGGGGACAAAUUAUUAUUGCGUCUAUUAGCAUACAAACUUGGUUUCCAAAAUACAGCUACUUUUCCUAAGAGAGCAUUUCAAUUUGGCUCUCGGAUUGCUAAUAGCAAAGAGAAUGCAAAAGAUAUAUCCGACAGGUUGUGAGAUGAUGGUUUGUAUUAUUUUUUUUAUUACUUCAGCUAUAAUUUUUUUAAAUAUCUCAAUUAGUGUUAAAUUAAAAAAUUA